AUGCCUGAAGAACCCACCUCGUCAACUAGUUCGGCCGGUCUGUCGAAUGCAAGCGAGCAGUGUGUGGAAUUUGCCGUUGAGAAUGGAUUAAUCCCUGCCACUAAGGAGUGCCGCACCCAUAGAGUGCCAAUGAAAGUGGAAUAUGGGCAAAAUAAAAAUGUGGGCUCCUUUGUAUGCAAUAAAGGAAAUUGCAGAGCCCGAUCCAGGGUAGCUCGUAGCAAGGACACCUUGUUUGAAAAUAUUAAAAUAUCAUUGGCACGGGUAUUCUAUCUGAUGUACUGUUAUGCACAUUGCUGGAGCUAUGAAGAUGCAAUCCAUGAAAACCCUGAAAAAGAUAAAGUCUCCAUAGAGACUGUCUGCGAUUGGUACAAUUACUGCCGUGAGACAGUCGUCUUUUACCAAAUAGAGCGAAAAGAGGCCAUCGGCAAGACUGGUGGAACAGGAAAAGUUGUCCAAAUAUACGAGUCAAAAUUUGGAAAACGGAAAUAUAAUAAAGGAAGGCGGAUUGAGGGCCACUGGAUCCUCGGCCUCAUUGAGGAUGGAAGUGAAGAUUUGCGACUAGAGGUGUGCCCCGAAAACAUCAGGUCAGCGGACGCACUAGUGCCCCUAAUUAAUAAACAUGUGGCUGAGGACACCACAGUCCAUACAGACUUCUGGAGGGCGUAUGAUUUUUUGGGGGAACAUGGGUACAUUCACAAGAAGGUGAACUAUUCCGAUCCUGAUAACCCAUUUGUUAUCCCUGAUGGUACUCACACUCAAAGGAUUGAAUCGCAAUGGCGGGUGGUUAAUAGAUUCUUCAAAAAAUACAAUUAUAACCACCCAGAAAACUUUGCAGAUAUUAUUACAGAAUAUUUGUGGAGGAGGUCAGUCCAAAGAAACAAAAAGGAUACUUUUAUGAAAUUAAUUAAAGCAAUUAAAUAUGUCUAUAAAUAA